AUGGUCCUGGGGCCAGAAGCGGCCCGUGAGAGGCGCCAGGAUGGAAACGAGCAGGUCGCGCGCCUCAGCGGGGAGACUCGCGACCUGCAGCACGGCAAGAUCUACGAGGACCUGGCCCACGAGGAGCGGGCGCGCACGCAGGCGACGCAACAGCUCCAUCGGCUAAUCGCCGACCUGGCGGCCGAGCCCCGUGCCGGGCCCGAGGUGCUCGAUUCCGUGCGCGCGGAGAGGGCCGAGCGGGAGCGGCAGUUAGCCAGCCUGGAGGACGCCGUAGGCGGGAAGCUGCAGGAGACCGUCCGCCAGACGGCGGAGUCGCUGCUGGAGGUGCGGAGGGAGCACGAGAGCCUGCGCGAGAUCGUGGCCAAGAUCAUCCCGCAGAUCGAGUCCGCUGCAGCCAGUCCCAUGAGCCCCCCCAGGCCCACGGCGGGCACGGGCGAGGGCGCGAACUCGGGGCACUUCCCGUCGGUCGUCCAGGUGCCAGCGGCGCCGCCGCCCCAGCCGCCCCUCCCGGUGCCCGCCUGGCCAGAGACGCCGGGGCUCCAGAGGGAGGCGCCGGGCUCGCAGACCGACCCGGGGCGCCUGGAGCGCGUGCGCCGUGCCAACGUGCUCGGGUACGCGCAGCCGCCGCCGGGCGCGUCGCCCUUCGGGGGAGGCGCCCCAGGCGGCUGGCACCCCGCGGACCCGGGCAACCCGUUCGGCGCGAAGGGCAUCGGCGACCCCUUCCAGAGCAUGGUGGACCGCUCGAACACCUCCACCCCGACGAGGAACCGCGCGGCGGCGCCGCCAGACGCGUGGCCGGCCUGA